AGGGAGUUGUUCCUUGUUAUAAUUGUUGACAAAAGGCAAACGCAGGGUCAUUGAUGACACACCCAUCUUCCCUCUCUCUCCGCUGAUUGUCUAUGUGAAUCUAUGGUGAUUUCGGAGCCAGAGGUAUAAACAGCUUCAGCUCGCCCAUCCCAGCUCUACAAGCCAUUGAAAAAUUCUCUCUCUCUCUCUCUCUCGAUCCCGAUUCAAGUAGAUGGUGAAGAAGCGAGUUCCCGAUUGGCUCAACAGCCCUCUCUGGUACUCCGCCCCUCCUCCCCCGGCCCCCGAGGAUGACGACGACGUUCGUCUCUACUCCACCUCCUCCGCCCCCACCAUUUCUUCCCCUUCCACCUCUAAAUCCGCCACGACCACCACGAAUUCCGCCACCGCGUCCGCGGUAACAACGGAGCGUCCGAAAGUGGAAAUUAGGGAUCCGUAUGGUAAUAAUGAUAGUAGUGAUUAUGAUAGGAGUCCUACUUCCGCUGAAGACGUUUCUCUCCUGGCUCAGCUCGAACUCGAGCUUUCAAGAAAGGUUGUCAAUAUGGGUGAACUGCAAAGAGUUGCAUCACAGGGCAUUCCAGGUGCUGCUGGUAUACGUUCUACUGUGUGGAAGCUUUUAUUGGGGUAUUUGCCAAUGGAUCGAGGGCUUUGGUCAUCAGAAUUAGUUAAGAAGAGGUCUCAAUAUAAGCAUUUCAAAGAAGAGCUUUUGAUGAAUCCUUCAGAAAUCACAAGGAGGUUGGAGAAGUCCUCAGGUUUUGAAAAUGAGGAAUCAAAAUGUGUUACCCGUGUUUUCCUCUCAAGAUCAGCGAUUACUCAUGGAGAACACCCUUUAAGUCUUGGGAAGACCAGCAUCUGGAAUCUGUUCUUCCAGGACUCGGAAUUCAUAGAGCAGAUUGAUCGAGAUGUAAAGCGUACUCAUCCAGACAUGCAGUUUUUCUCAGGGGAGUCGCAAUUUGCAAAGUCCAAUCAGGAGGCUUUGAGGAACAUAUUAAUUGUAUUUGCAAAGUUGAAUCCUGGUAUAAGAUAUGUGCAAGGGAUGAACGAAAUUCUGGCAUCUUUAUUCUAUGUGUUUAGAAAUGACCCUAAUGAGGAAAAUGCGGCCUUGGCAGAAGCGGAUACGUUUUUUUGUUUUGUUGAGUUAAUAAGUGGAUUCAGGGAUCUUUUCUGUCAGCAACUUGACAAUAGUGUUGCUGGAAUCCGCUCCACUAUUUCAAAGCUGUCAAAGCUCUUAAAGGAACAUGAUGAGGAGCUCUGGCGUCAUCUUGAGGUCACAACUAAAGUCAAUCCUCAGUUUUAUGCAUUCAGAUGGAUUACUCUUCUCUUGACACAAGAAUUCGAUUUUGCUGAUAGUCUUAUGAUUUGGGAUGCACUCUUAAGUGACCCCGAAGGUCCUCAAGAAACUCUACUUCGGAUAUGUUGUGCCAUGCUAAUUCUCGUCCGGAGGCGUUUACUUGCUGGUGAUUUCACUGCUAAUCUCACGUUACUCCAACAUUAUCCCUCUGCAAAUAUCAGACACCUACUCUAUGUUGGGAACAAGCUGCGUAAGCAGCUACCUCUGUAGUUUUUUUUUUUCCCUUCAUUUUUCUCAUUUCUUUUUGUUUAAUUUUACCACAGUAUUUGUUGUCGGUGGUGUUAUUUCCUUGGUGUCAAAAUUUGUUUGUGAAAUUUACUCUGUAAAUGUCAGUUAAAGUAGUUAACACGCGAGCAGAUCCUUUUUGUGUUGCUUUAAUCUUCUUCUUUCUUUCUUUCUUUUUUUCCCUCUUUUCUUUAUUUCUUUAUAGAUUUUGUAAUGCAAUAUUCUUUAACCCUUUUAGCCUGAUGAGAUGUAGGAAAUGCGAAUGUGGUUCUUCAAUAAUGACUGAAAAACAAGGCGUGUUAUUCGUUUUUAUUUGUAAAAAUUUGAUGAUGUAUUGUAUGUACGCUAUACAUUAAGAUAGAGAUCUCAAGUAUUCUAUUUUCUAUCUAUAAAA